CUCUUUCUUUCUCCCUUCUCUCCUUCUCCUAUUUCUUCUCUACGCCCUGCCCGUAGCUUUUCUCCAGCAACCCACUUUCUCCUUUCUUCUCCAUUUUCAUUUCAAUCCUUCUCCACAUAUAAUUGUCAUAAGCAAUUUCAUUUGUCACUAAGGUGUUCACGAAUGAAGAUGGAGCGCCGCAGACCUAGAAGUCAUCGCUGCUUGGAGCUGCCGCCGCCCGGAUGCUGCCACGGCCCAGAAAAUUAUAGGGCCGACCACCCGCUAGCGUUUCCAGCAUGGAGGAUCGAUUUACGACUUGGUGAAUUGCUGCCAACCCACCGCCACCGUGGAAAAGUACUCCCUAAAGAGGAGACCUACGGCAAGAAAUCUGCUGUUUGGAGUUGCUCAUAACAUGGAAGAGAGAUAUUAUUCCAACUACCAAGUUAAUAUUUAAGAGAUGCUAUUAGCUUGAACUUUGUACCGUUGAGAUAUAUUCACUAGUUGUCUAUUAGUUUUAGAAAGUUAUUGAUGUAAUUAUGAAGAAUCAAUAUUGAAUCAAGUGUGUUUUUAAUCAUAUUAUACUUUUGUAAAUGUUGUCCAACAUUCUAUUAUGUUUAAAUAAAUGUAAUACGAAGUAUAAGUUUUUUGCUUUGCCUCUAUAAAUUCAUUUUCUUGUAA